AUGCCUUUAGCGACCAAUAACGCGGUAGAAUCCUCCGGCCCGCUCGCCGACUACUUUUGGAUUGCUGGUGUGGACGGCAAGGAAAUUGAAGAUACCUACUGGAAGCUACGCAAUGAAUAUAUGUCCAACAGAGAAAGCACGCCGGGGCCUGCGGUGUCUGAUACCAUUGAGGAGGACGCAGAGCUGGAAGAAGAUGCCGACAGCACACCGAACAAUGUCGGGGGUAACGGCAGACGAAAUUCGUACAACCGACUGUCGAAAUUAUCCAAUGAAGCCCGUAUGUCGAUCCGAUCGGUGGACUCCAAGGCCUCUGGUACAAAUAGCAAUCGUAGUAGUAUGACGAUUCGCGCGAUGCCGACAACAGUGACCGAAGCAUCUGAAUCGAGUUUGGGUGAUUUUGAUUUCGACAAGGCGUUGCUCAAGUUUGCUUCGGAAAGAGAAAACUUCUUGUCCGACUUGAGUCUGAGUGCUGGCGCUAUCACGCCCAAUGUGAAGCCUCCUAAACCUCGUCCUAAGGUGCAGAAGAUUGUCUCAGAAGACAGGCCAGUAUCUUCGAAUCCCUUGAAGUCAGGUAUUGGCAGUGUGCGACGACAUAUGUCCUUUCGAGACAUGAAUAGUAUGAAAAGACAGCCAUCGGUUGCACGACAGGCCUCCAUCCGUACCUCCCGACGAUUGAGCAAUUACAACUCCGUUAUACCCGUUCCCCAGCCGAUAGAGACCUCCCCGACCAUGCAUCCGUUGAAACGAAGAUUUGAGCCGGUGCUAUUGGACCGAUAUCCACCAAAGGGAAUACCUGAUGAGCAAACCCAACGCGGCACAUUCCCCGACUUUGUACCCAUGUUCGCUUUCCCCAAUGAUAUCAAUAUCGUUUCUUCGGAUCAGAAACCACGGUCAACAUGGCAUGGUUUUGUAAUGACUGGUGGGGACGGCAGCAAACUACAUGGCAUGUGUAUCAUUUUAUGGAUUCCGCUAGGUCAAAAGGCAGCAGAGGCACUCGAAGAGUGUUGCGAGGAAUGGCGCAAGGAUAAUAUGACCGAUGAAGAAAGAGAAUUGGCGGCUAGCUUGGGUGGACGGUUGGCCGAUGAACGCGCUAAACUCUCUACACUGUUAGCUCAACUCCCAAAUAUCCCCUCUGGAUCUCCAGAAAGGGAGCGUCUCGAAGAUGAUAUUAGUGCAGUUGAGGAAAAGAUCGGACUAAUGACGGAUCUGCUUCGACCGGUGCGACACGGCGCAGCAUCCAAGAUUGAGGGUCUUACCGAUGAUACGGGUUUCUGGAUUCCUAGGGCUUAUGGUAUUCUAGGCAAAAAUGCUUCCAUGACCUCAUUCUGGAAGGAGUGGCUCAAGGCUGUGUCUGUUCCUAGAACCAAUGGAGGCGUACUGAGAGUUCCGGCGAGCUCGCCUACAGUGGGUAUCUGGCAACCACUGGAACGAUAUGUCAUGAAUCUUUGCACGGAAGCUUUCAGCCCUAUAUCAUCGAAAACUCAGGUCGAGCUGUCGGUAAGAGAGUUACGGCUUUUUGCUCGGAAAGAAGCGCCGAAUGAGCUUCCAGGCUCUCGUAAUACCGAUUUAUACGCCCUUUUCCGUUCGCUUUCCAUAUCGAAUAUUGUUGUCCUUUUCGAGUACGCUCUAUCCGAAUCUCGGAUCAUUUUCUUAUCGUCUCACACGUCUAUGCUGUAUUUGGCAACCAGAGCUUUGAUCGACCUUUUAUUCCCCUUCACAUGGUCAGGAGUUUUGAUUCCGGUUCUACCAGCUCGACUUAUCCAGGCACUAGAAGCACCGUGCCCAUAUAUUGUGGGAAUCGAGAGGCGAUACGAGAAAGUGGAACUGCCAUCUGAAGACUUUGUUUUGGUUGAUCUUGAUGCCGAUAAGAUUGAAAGCGAUGUGCAACCCACACCGCUACCGCGCCACCAACGCAAGAAACUGUUGUCACUCCUUCAACUAGCUGCUCCGCAUCAUAACAGAUUCGGUGUUCGGCCUGGCCCUCCGGCCUAUGCUAUUGAAUCGUUUCCUUUCGACUCGUUCCCAACUGAAAAUCCAUCCAUCUUCACUCUGCGGGCGCAAUCUACGCACUUGGCUCGCUACGUGAGCCUUAACUCGACGUCUUUUGGAAAUGAAUAUACCCCAAGACCGGCGCCUGCACCAAUAUACAAUGUCUUUUUGCACGCUCGAGACGAAUACCCCAGCUCUCGUGGUCUGUCGAGAGGUAACAACGAACGUCCAACCACUAGUUCAACUUCAAAAACAGGAUCUCCACCGUCUCCCAGGACUAGCUCGCCGACUUCAGGGUUCUUCCCUCCACCUCUACCUGGAACACCUGUAUCCCGUAAUGACUCUGGCAUGGCAUUGCAAGCUUCCUUGAGGGAGAAGAGAUCUGGCCAUUUUGAUACUUCUUCUCGUAGAAGUUCUUCCUUUGGAGCGGAAAGGAGAGGCGUACCUCGGCGCCCAAGCGCACCUUUUUUGGGUCACGCUUCGAAUUUGUCAGUGACGACACUCAACACCGACUAUGGAAGUGGAUCCACGUAUGCGCCAUCGGUUUAUGCCACAUCUACGAUUGCAGCGUCUACUAUUGUUCCUCAAGCUGUGGCGCAACCCGUGUUCAAUACAGACAGUACCUGCUGGAUUGAGGGCCAUUGUCUGCAGGUCCAGCCACGUGACGACAAGGUUAUCUGUUCAAUCUGCGACGAGAAAGCGGAUGAGAAAAUUUACAGAUGUACUGGAUGCAAAACGCAGGUACACGGCAGGUGCACACCACUUAUUUGCUUGGUGUGUCCUGCUGCAUUCUAUCCUGAGCAAAUCCGCGCGGCGUUUGUACGUUGCUUUGCCAGUUUGCUGUAUACGUACAAGAAAUAUCUCCAGCCAGCUUCAAAAGAGCAAAAGAAGUCCGGCUUAAUAUACUCUUUCAACAUGGACGCUUUUCUGCGGAGCCUACCAAACGAGCAUGCGGAGUAUAUGACUGUUCUUCAACAGACACAAGGCUUCAAUGAAUUCAUCAGCGAGCGCGAAAGAACUGAACCCAACGCCAAAGAUUCGAAGAUUACUUUAUUCGACGAGAUAAUUCUCUCAAAACGUAAUCGUGGCCGGUCCUCUAUCUUUUCUGGACGCAUGACUACCGACUUUCUCUCCAACACAUCAGACCAUCUGUGGCGGUCAGCAGCUGCAACAUCGUUCCCACCUACAAGUCGAGUUCAGAACGGUAUAUCGGAGGAUUAUUCGGAACUCAUUAAGCGAGCCCCCGCAAAACUUGAUUACUCUUUCAUGAAAGAGCCGCGUAUGGUACAAGGAGUGCCGCGAGUUUCCAAGACUGCCAACAACGCUCGCAGGAAACCACUUCCGAAGCUGAUGAACGGUCUUUCCAUUUCUCCGCCUUAGUGUUCAAUGCACGGUUCUUGUGACACGGAACCGGUUUGAGGCCACAUAACGACGCGACUGUGUCUCAGACAGAAUAGAAAAAGAGUGCACCAGGCUCUCAACUCGUCACGAAAAGACGUUUACCGGGCUGAUUGCAGGCGUUUAACUGAAUUUUACUCAGUGUCGACGAACUGUGAUAGUACAUACAAACCGCAUCCACGUACGCAUAUAGUGCACGUAUAGAGAUGUACACAUCCCAACCACCACGACCUGCUCUCACUUCAACAGAGUUAGACAGAUGUACAGUUCUGUUGGGCCUUACCCCAACCUUGAUUUUUUUUGACCUCGCAUGACGAGCCACGAAUUUUCAUUUUGAUCGCACCUUCUCUUCUCUCAUAGAAGGUUCUCAUCUUUUUUCUCCCUUUAACUUUCUGUAUUUCCCAAAAGCAUUACAAAAUACCCAGCAAGUUGAUAUCUGUACGACAAUAAGCAGUGGUCUUUUUAAUUUUCCCUCUUGUUUUCGUGUGGCGAUACAUACCUUGUUCAAAAUGUUUUUUUUUUCUGGUUUACUUGGUCAUUACUUUUUCUACUCUUGUCUUAUAUAAUUUGUGGACAAACAAAAGGAAAAGGCGGAGUUAUUAAAGGGCGUGUCCAUCAGAAAUCCAUUCCACGGGAUCUGUCAAUAUGGGUUGCUAUGUAGAAUAGACUUACGAUUUCUGUCUCAGAUCAUUCCUACAUACAGAAUCAUAAGAGUACAAGCCAUAUG